AUGACAACCAUUCUCUUCAGCGGUUCUUACACCAACCAUAUUGGGGCUGAUCAUCUUCUGCACUAUCGAACUGCAAAAUGGACUGGUUCAUUCUGUUUUCAAGUUGGCCACAAUCGUACAACUGCUCUUGGCAAUCGGCCAACUUACACUCGAAUUCUACGAAGUCUACGUCAAAGGGAACUAACUAACUAUCAAUAUAGCAUGCGAAAUGCAAGAAAUAAACAGAUUAAUUAAUU